AUGUCGACUCACGCCGCUGUUCGGAGCCUGAACAUCAACAACAUAAACCCCCACGUUAGGGCAGCAGAGUAUGCCGUCCGAGGAGAACUUGCCGUGCGAGCAGAAGAAUACCGGGCCAAGCUCGCGAAGGGCUGCACCGACCUCCCGUUCGACAAAGUUAUCUCUGCGAACAUUGGUAACCCACAGCAAUUGGACCAAAAGCCAAUAACGUUUUUCAGACAGGUAUUGAGCUUGGUCGAAUACCCACAACUACUGGAGAAGGAAGCUGUUUUGUUAGAACAAUUGGGAUACAAGAGCGACGUUAUUGAGAGGGCAAAAUGGCUAUUGAAGGAGGUCGGGUCCGUUGGCGCAUACAGCGCCAGUGCCGGCGCUCCAGGAAUAAGGGAUAGCGUUGCAAAGUUCCUCGAGAGACGAGAUGGCUUCCCAGCCGACCCCAAGGAUAUCUACCUGUCUGCUGGUGCUUCUUCCGGGGUAAAUACCCUCUUGCAUAUCAUCUGCGCAGGUCCAAAUACUGGGGUCUUAGUUCCCAUUCCCCAGUACCCACUCUACACAGCUACCCUAUCUCUCCUUAACGCUCAAUGCGUUCCAUACUACCUCGACGAAAGCAAGGGCUGGGGGACAGAUCUCGAAGCCAUAAAGGCCGCGCACAAGAAAGCAGUAGAUGAAGGGACCGACGUCCGAGCGAUUGUUAUUAUCAACCCAGGCAACCCAACAGGCGCUAGCCUUUCCGUGGAGGACAUAAAGGCAGUGAUUGAUUUUGCUGCCCAGGAGAAGCUGGUAAUCAUGGCUGACGAAGUCUACCAAACCAAUAUCUUCUUGGGCGAAUUCCACAGCUUCAAAAAGGUGUUAAGGAGUAUGCAGAAGGACGAGCCAGAGAAGUACAAAUAUGUGGAACUUGCUUCACUGCACAGUAUUUCCAAGGGUAUGGUUGGAGAGUGUGGACAUCGUGGUGGAUACUUCGAAUUGUGCGGAUUCGAUCCCGAAGUUGUGGAGCAGAUCUACAAAUUUGUAUCGAUCAGUUUAUGUGCGCCAGUCGUGGCACAAUGCGUGGUCGAGAUGAUGGUGAACCCCCCGAAGGAGGGCGAGCCAAGUUACGAACUUUACAAGCAAGAGUGGGAUGGUAUCUACACAGGCUUGCGGGAGAGAGCUAGAGCAUUGUAUAAGGCAUUCAGAGAAAUGGAGGGAGUGGAAUGUCAAGACCCUCAGGGCGCCAUGUACCUCUUUCCUACCAUCCACCUUCCGCCCAAGGCCAUUGAAGCUGCGAAGAAAGAAGGCCGCUCCCCCGAUGAAUUCUACGCCUUCCGUCUUCUGGACGCAACAGGAGUAUGCGUCGUCCCCGGCUCCGGUUUCGGGCAGAAGGAAAACACCCUACAUUUCCGAACCACGUUCUUGGCGCCCGGUACGGAGUGGGUUGGACGGAUCACCAAGUUCCAUAAGGAGUUUAUGGACGAAUUUAGAUGA